UCCAGCCUGACAACAUCCGUCUCCAGCAGUCUUAGAGUCUUUGCGCAAUGAAGCUCAUCAUCAUACUCGCGCUUCUGGGAGCCUCAGUUGCAGACAAGUCCUUUGGUCCUCGCAAUGGUUAUCAAGCCCCUGGGAACAGGAGGGCUAACGGAGGCAGCAAUGGACGAGCUAACGGCUUCAACGGAGGCAGUGUCAGCAAUAGCUAUAGUGCUCCAUCCAAUGGAAGAUCCAAUGGCUUCGGAAACGGUAAUGCUGUAGGUAACAGUUACAGUGCACCUGCCAACGGUGGAUUGAAUGGUUUCAAUGGAGGAAGCGUUGGCAAUAGCUACAGUGCCCCCAGAAAUGGAGGUUUUAAUGGUGGAAAUGGUCAGACCAACGGCGUCAAUGGAGGCAACGCUUACAGUGCGCCUAGCAACGGCCGCAUCAAUGGAGGCAACGGAGGAAACGGCUACAGCGCCCCUGCCAACGGAGGCUCGAACGGUCUGUCGUCAGCGUACGGAGCUCCCAGUGCUGAAGAGGAGCUCGCCGAACUGGCCGCCAGUCUUCCCGGUGGAGGAGUUCCUGGAGAAGAUUUCCCAGUGCUCUCCGAGGUGCCCGACACCGGCUUCCAGUGUGGAGACCAGGCCUUCUCAGGAUACUACGCUGACGAUGCCGAGGAAGCCAGAUGCCAGGUCUUCCACAUCUGCCAGCUGCGAGAAAGUGGUAAGGUACAGCAAGACUCGUUCCUGUGCCCCAACGGAACCAUCUUCAACCAACAAUAUUUGGUGUGUGACUGGUGGUUCAACUUUGACUGCAGUCAAGCCCAAGGAUUUUAUUCAGUCAACGAACAAAUUGGAAAAGUUGAGAACAAUGGAGCCUCCGGAACCCAAUCGCUCAACAACGGCUAUGCAGCUCCCACUAAUGGACAAAACGGAAAUGGACUUGCUAAUGGCAACGGACAGAACGUAAAUGGUUAUUCCAACGGAAACGGUUCUACUGGCUUAGAUGGUCUAGGCGGAUCGAACGGCAGUCGCCGUAAUGGGUAUGGGCCCUCAGGAAACGGAAAUCAAAAUUCUAACGGCAACGGCAAUGGUGCAAGUAGCAACGGGAACGGCAACAGGUACGGAGCUGGAAACGGCGUCGCACCUGUGGUGGACUUCCGCGCUAGUACUUACUCCAACGUCAACGGCGGCGCACCAAGUGGCACCGGAUAUUAAGAGGAGAGCACCGAGCUCACUGUAGCAAAGAUGUAUAAUUAUUGUGAUUAAUAUCCGCAAUGUUCUUUCACGGCUUAUUUUGAAUCAUCUAAUUUAUUUUUCAUUGAAAGAGUACUACGUAUAUAAUUUUUAUUAUACUUAUGUUUGAUUUCAAAAUGAUUUUUCUGCUCAAGAUGACUUUUAUUCUGACACAUGAGCUCGCUUCUUCGUUUUGAAGCUUUUAAUGCGUGCAAGGAGCAUUUUCCCAUUUAUUUCGUCUUAAUCUUUAAAAUUCACUGUGCGGGCAAAAAAUCUUCUAAUAUAUUGUAGAAUUCUAAAUAAGGCAAUGAGUUUACAAUAGACUCGAUCAUUAUUGAAUAACGGUUAGAAGCGGCGAUGUGCCUAUAUAAAUGAGCUCUAAAUUUUACCGAAGUUAGCAACAUAAUAAAUCUUUCACUGUUU